GCUUUAAACAAUACACGGAGUCAGUACAUAUCUCUGUCACGAAGCAGUCGCAAGUGUCAACACACUCACGUCGACGACCUCUCGACAAUUCACGAUUUUUUUUAUAAAACUACCUUCGAUUUCCUUUAAUAUUGGAUCGAUAUUGAAGGAUCGGUCGCGUAAACCAUUGAAUCGUUCCAAGGCCAAGCGCGCUGUCUUACCUCCGGUGCGAGAUCGAACCACCGAUCGUUUCAUGCGAUCUUAGCUGGCGAAAUCGGCCCGUUUUUUAAAAAGCGGCCGAGAUCGCUGGCACAUCUGUAGAAUCUCUUGCGGGGUUUUCGGGUGUGCUUAUCACCAAUUACAAAAACAAUUCAAAGUGUGCAGUGAGUUGUGGUGAAUUAUAAAAAGAAAAAAAAAAUUAAAACUCAGUGCUCAAUAAUCCAUUGUGCUGCGUGUGUUUUCGUGUGGUGAAGUUCACGCAUGUGCCCAAGCGAGAAAGCAUCAGAUAUCAAUCACGAUGGAACAGGGCAACGUCGAGGAGUCGACCUCGACGAAGAACGCAAAAAUCUCCGAUUCGGGAUACUCCUGCAACACCUGCAGCAACAGCCAAUCCCACACCAGCAGCGAAGGGGAUUCGCUAUCAAGGAACAGUAACAGAUCCGCGAGCAGUGGAUACCAUGGGGGAAAUCAGUCAACUUUGGGUUCUUGUACGCAAACUAUCCCAAAGCCAAUUAGCAAUAAAAAGGAGAAGAGCCACAAGAAGAAGAAAACUAAGAAUAUCAUAACGACAACUGCCCUGAUAGAGAGCACGCAAGCCCUUAGCAGCUGUACCCAUACGAAACCCGAGCCUGUGACAAAUGCACAAAUCGCACAACAAGUCUUUGAGCCGGUCAAACCCAUUGUCGAAAAGAAAACAGAAGAGCAAGCAGUUGUAGAGUUGGUGGAUGCCACGGAUCCAGGAGUUCACAAUGACAGCAACAGCUUGCUGCCCACGACGGCGACAGACGCCGCCGGACUGGCCGCAAAAAUUAAUCCCAUCGACGAGUCCAGUUCACAAUUCACCGAAGAAUACUACGCCGUUAUAUCGUUGCGCGAUGGUCUCGUCCUGCAAGCGACGUCCUCGCUUCAUGGAACUUUGGGUUAUCCCAAGGAGUCGUGGACAGGGAAAUUUUUCACCGACUUUCUCGAUCCCCGAGACAAGCAGAUUUUCACCGAGACCGUGGCCUCUGAAAUCGCUCUGUGGAAAGAUUACACUUCCUCGGAUAAAACUGGAAAAAAAUUGAGAAUAUUCUGCCGAUUGCGACAGUUCAAUGCUUUCCAGUCGACCUCGAAAUGCGACGAAAGUUACUACGUGCCCUUUCGAAUGAACUUGAUCGUUCAAAACUUUCAAGUCACCGAUAAGGACUCGCUUCCGUCGCAGCACCCGAGGAUGCUGCUCAUAGCGUCGUUUCAACCGCUUCGUUCGGCAUACAAAGGGCCAGAAGAAACAAUAAUACCCACGAUAUUCAGUACGCGCCACAACGCGACCUGCCAUUAUACCUACGUCGAUCAAGACGUCGUGCAAUACAUGGGUUAUCUGCCGCAAGAUAUGAUCAAUCGAUCUCUAUUUUGCUACUACCAUCCGGAAGAUUUACCGCUCAUUAAAGACAUCUACGAGACUAUCAUCAAUCAGGAGGAGAGCUCGUCCUUUCGCUCGAAACCGUACAGAUUCAUCGUCCACAACGGGGGCUGCAUCGUCAUCGACACCGAGUGGUCCUGCUUCGUCAAUCCCUGGACGAAAAAGCUCGAGUUCGUCGUCGGCAGUCAUCGAGUCUUGAAAGGUCCGGUCGACCCGAACGUCUUCGGUCCGUUCAAUCGCAAAGAUAACGCGCUGACCAACAUCAGCGAGGAGGUGCUCAAAGAGGCGCGAGUCAUCCGCAAGGAGAUCGAGGACAUGCUCGUCCAGGGCGUUAAGAUGAGACUACGGCCGCCGAACAACGACGUCUUGUUGUCCAAGACCAACGACUUCACGACUUUCGUGGAGAACGUGCUUCAGGAGCUGCGCAGCCCGGUCCCGCUCAAGGACCAUAUGGCCGUCGACGACCGCAGCUUUUCGGAACACGACAGCAUCAUGCUCGGCGAGAUAUCGCCCCAUCACGAGUACCUGGACAGCAACUCGUCCACGGAGACGCCGCCGAGCUACAAUCAGCUGAAUUACAACGACACGAUCGAGCGCUUCUUCAACAGCAACGUCGUGGUCCAGGGUACCAAGGGCCCCUUCGCCAGCGACAGCGAGGAGAUAGCCCAGUCGAGCGCCAACAGCAGCGAGGAGCUCGGAAAGAAUAAUAACACGGCCUCGAGACCCGAUGGCCGUCGUAACAAAGAUCUAAAGUGCGCCGCCUCGUCGACCAACGGCAGCGGCAACGGCAGCGGCAGCAACGAGAUGCUCAGCAGCGAGUCGAACAAUCAGCAAAGCUUCAGCGGCGGCACCAACUCCAACGCCACGACCAGCCAGACUACGACCAACAACAGCAGCAACAAUAACAACAAUGACAACAAAAACAAAGGCUUCAAGCCGCCCCUGCUCACCGAGUCCAUUCUUCACAAGCACGACGCCGAGAUGGAGACGCUCUUGGUGCAGAAGCACAGGGAGUUGAAGAAAGGCGACAAGAUCAGAAAUAAGUCCAACGAUCAGAAGGCCAAAGCCGCGGCCGCGGCUGCCGCUCAGUCCGGACAGGCGCCGAACAAUGCCGCCAAUAACAAAUCGUCCAGGCUCAAGCGUAGCGCCAGCCAAACGCUAGAUCCAGAGGGCAAUUUCAAAGUGUCCAAGCACGACGAGACAUUGAAAUCCUCGCAGCAACAAAAUAGUCUCGGCCAAGCCAUUCCGACUACGAGUAAUGCUUUCGCGAAUAAAGCUAAUAAUAGAGCGGGAAAUCUGUUGUCCCAACCAAUGCCAGCCUCCUUGGCCGGGCCCGCACCACCUGCUAGCGCCCACGUGAAUAAUCAAUGUUUCGCCAAUGCAAACAUUUGUCCACAACCGACGGCUCGAUACCCGUCGGGCUUCUUCCAGAUGCUUCCGAUCUACUACGUGCCGAUACCAGCGGCGCCGAUUCCACGCGAAAAUCCCGCCCUCGGUACCAUCGCUCCACAGGAUCAUCAUCAACAGCAGCAGCAGCAGCAGCAGCAGCAUCACAUGGGCUUUCCCGGAACGGUGAAUCCCGCCCCCGCUCCAUACUGUUACGUGCCGAUGCCGUGCAUGCCCGCACCCAUGUCGGGCUUGAUGUAUCCGCCCGCGGCAGCGGCUGCGUUCGGUGGUCAGCAUCAUCUGUCCCAUCCGAUCGCGGCCGCGGCUGGCAUGUACAAACGCUCGCAGGCCAUGAUGCCGGAAGCCGCCACGAGCACCGGAAAUGCGAACGCGAGUCUCGCUGCGGCGCCUAAGGCUCACCAGCAGCACCACCACCACCAGGCUCAGCUGAAUCCGGCUCAGUUUCUUCAAGCUGGACAGCAGUUGCAGCAAGCUCAGCCGCAGCCGCAGCAAGUACCAGGCCCGACCAUGAGUCCGUUCGACGACGACAGCGGCAACAACAACAGCAGCAAGAAGCGUCCGGCCAGUCGAGCCACUAGCGUCAAGGCCGAGCCCGGCAGCAGCAUGGCCAUGUCCGAGUCCUCGAAGAAGAUAUUCUCGCCGGCGGGCAUCGUUUCGUCCUGCCUGACCGACGACGGCGGUGGCUACGUUCCCACGAGCAGCAGCAGUCGCAUCAAUCGCGACUGCCGGAGCAACAGCAGUGCCAGUCAACAGCUCACCAACUCGUCUUCCUGCGGGCUCUACCAAACGACCAAAUCCCGCGAAAGCUGGACCGACAACGGCACCACCCUAUUGAAAAAAAAAAUGUGGGGACCUACGAGGUAUAUCUAAUAGGUUUACGUAUGGGGACAUACAUGAGUUCCA